CGGCUCGCACUAGAGUCGCAAAAUAAUCCAUCAAAAUCUUGAAAAACACGGACCAUCGAGCUAAAUUAAACACACGACUGAAUAAACAUGGCCAAUGAAAAGAAACGCAAGAGGCCCCACAGCAGCCGCAAUAGCAUGCUGUCGGGUGGGAUAUCCCGCUAUGGCAGAGCUGCAAUGUACGCUAGAACAGCCACUUAUAAAAAGAAAUGGACUGUUGUUAAGAAAGAAAAGGCUGCAUCACCAAAAUUUAUUGAAAAACAAAUUGGUGGUGACAAAAAUGGAGGUAAACGUCAAGUCCGUGUGAAAAGACAGCCCCGUUACUACCCAACUGAAGAACUUGCUAAAAGGAAACGCAUCUCAAAAAAACCAUUCUCUGAACAUAAACAUCGCCUACGAGCCAGCAUCACUCCGGGCACAGUUCUGAUCAUGGUAGCUGGAAAGUACAAGGGCAAUAGAGUGGUGUUUCUUAAACAGUUCCCAUCAGGUUUACUGCUGGUCACUGGGCCAAUGAAAAUAAAUGGUGUACCAUUAAGGCGGGUCAACCAGAUCUAUUGUAUUGCAACUCAAACAAAAGUUGACAUCAGUACAGUGAAAUUACCACCAAGACUUACUGACGCAUACUUCAAAAAGAAGAAGUUGAAGAAACCUAGACAUCAAGAGGGUGAAAUAUUUGAUGAAGCAAAAGAGGAGUACUCUGUAUCUGAUGAGAGAAAAGAAGACCAGAAAAUCGUUGAUAAACAACUGGUUCCACUUGUCAAAAAAGUUCCACAUCUCCAAGGUUAUUUGCGGUCAAAGUUUGCUCUGAGUAACAAACAAUACCCUCAUCUCAUGAAGUUUUGAACGACUUUGAAUAACACUGUACAUGCUUUGAUGUGGGACAAUUAAAUAUAAAUUAAUGAAGAAA